AUGGAUAGUACUACUGAAGUAUAUCAAAAGAAAGAAGAGGAUGUAGUGUUUGCAGGCAUAAAGUAUCCUUUGGACGACCCACCACUUCAAUUUGAGGUGUUGGCUACAUGUGGGCCUGCAAGAGCGUCGUUUCUGACGCUGCCUCAUCAUAAAUGCACGACACCGAUGUUUAUGCCUGUCGGUACACAGGGCACGGUCAAGGGACUGACGAGUCAGCAGCUGGUCGAUCUCAACUGCGGCGUCGUGCUCGGCAACACAUAUCAUUUGGGGCAUCGUCCAGGUCCCGAUGUCAUGGAUGCUGUUGGCGGACUACACAAGUUUAUGAACUACCCACGUGCGAUGCUCACAGACUCUGGCGGCUUCCAAAUGGUGUCUCUGCUAUCACUAGCCAACAUUACAGAGCAAGGUGUAGAGUUUCAAUCGCCACACGACGGCUCGACUAUGAUCUUGACACCCGAACUAUCGAUGCAAAUCCAAAACUCGAUCGGUGCAGACAUUAUGAUGGCACUAGACGACGUAGUCAGCUCGACUACCACCGGUCCACGUGUCGAAGAGGCUAUGUACAGAACACUGCGUUGGAUCGAUCGUUGCAUCCUCGCUCACAAGCGUCCAGAACACCAAAACAUAUUUGCAAUUGUACAGGGAGGUCUAGAUGCACGUCUUCGUGACAUUUGUCUCGACGGACUGAUCCAACGUAAUUUCCCGGGCUAUGCAAUCGGUGGAUUGUCGGGUGGAGAGUCUAAAGACGCAUUUUGGCGUGUUGUACUACAGUGUGCACAAAGACUGCCACCAAACAAACCUAGAUACCUUAUGGGUGUCGGAUACGCACUCGAUCUGGUCGUAUGUGUUGCUCUAGGUGUCGAUAUGUUUGAUUGCGUGUUCCCAUCACGUACCGCUCGUUUUGGAACAGCUCUCGUACCAACUGGAUCUCUCAAUCUCAAGUCAUCAGAGUUUGCCACUGACUUUACACCCAUCGACUCUGAAUGCACAUGUAUGACCUGUAAAAACUACACACGUGCCUAUCUCCACAUUGUAGCCGGCAAGGAAAGCAUAGGUGGACAACUCCUAACCUACCACAACAUUGCCUACCAAAUGUCACUCAUGUCUCAACUACGCCAAUCCAUCAUCGACAAUCGUUUCCCAACCUACAUUCAAGAAUUUAUCGACAAGCAAUAUCCAAAAGGAAACUGUCCAUCUUGGGCAUUAGAUGCAUUAAAAGCAGUCAAUAUUAAUAUAGUUAAUCAAAAACCUCAAGAACCUCAAGAACCUCAACAAAAUAACACUGACAAUGUACAAAGCUAA